CCACCAAACACCAACAUAUCACAUACUCAACCAUUAUCUACAUACCUCAAACCCUAAUAUUUACCUAGCUUGCCUCAAAAGAAGUCUCCUCUCUCAAUCGUCAAUCCACUCUGUUUCCGAUUACAAAUCACACAUGGCUCCAACUUCUUCUUACGAUCAUGAGCAACAACUCUCAUGCGAGAUAACGAUUCACCAAGCCAAGAACGUGGAAGAGUUCAUGACGAUAAACAAGUCGUCCUACAAAUCCAAAGGAGAUUUGUUCAUGAGAUACUAUCUCUCGGCAGGAAACAACAAAAGAAUCCAACUUGACACCAAAGAGAUCCCCAGCACCAGUGAUCAUCUUUUGUGGAACGAGUCCGUCUCAUUGGAUUGCUUUGGCACUCAAGACUCAAUCAACAGCCUACAGACAAGCAGCGUGGUUUUCGAGCUGAGAUGGAGAUCGUCAAAGGGGAGUACCAUCCUUGGGCUUGGAGGUUCAAAGCUGGUUGGUAGAGCUGAGCAUCCAUGGCAAAGUGUCAUGGAUGCAUCAGGAAUGAAAAUUGAGAAAUGGGUUGUUAUGAACCCCAAAGAAAGGUAGUCGCACCAGAAAGAUCUCCCUUUUCGUAAGAGCUUCUGCUUUUAUGUUAUACAAAAGCGCUUUUCGCCUUUUCAAAAGCCAAGCAUUUAUAUGUGUUUGGCCCUGUUUCGACUUUUAAAGACGAAAAGCACUUCUAAAAGGCAGGCCAAACAUAGGCAUAAUAUAGUUAAUAAUAAUAUUGAGAAAAAGAAAGAGAGGAAGGAGUAGUGUUAAUUAACAUUGCAAUUAUUG